AUGUUUGCUAAUUUUCAGCGAAAAGAACCAUCAGCCAUUAUGCAUGCUGGGCAUCGUCAGCGCCAACAAAAUCAUGAGGGAAAUGAAAUGAAAGAGACUGAGGAAUUGCUUGCAUCUGAAUUGAGCAAGCUUUCUGUCCAGGAACGAGCCAAGGCUCUAGAUGAUUUACACUGUGUGGGAGAAGAGCUUCAGGAGACGCCUGAGAUGAUUCAGCAUUCACUGUCAGAAUUUGAUUACUUGGUGCAAACUUGCGCCAAUCGAAUUUAUUCCGUUGCUGUAAAUCAGAACCGAGCCUAUGUGCAGGAUUCAGAGUUUCGUUUGAAAUUUCUUAGGGCGAAUAUGUACGAUACAAGAAAAUCUGUUCAUCAGAUGAUGAGUUUCUUGCAGCAAAAGGCACUCUAUUUUGGAGAGGACAAGGUGGCGCAUGACAUCGCGGCUAGUGAUCUAAACGAGGACGAGAUUGAGCUGAUGCGGUCUGGUUUCUGUCAGAUUCAGGAGGGGCGAGAUCGCAACGGCAGAGUUGUGGUGUUCAACUCUUUCAAUCGGAUGCCCACUCGGUUCAGAGGCAUGCGGGAUGAGAACUUUGCAGCGAUGAACAUUCGUGUGGUCUAUCAUAUCGUGUUCAACAUGUUGAGUUCGAUACCAGAAGUUCAAACGAAAGGAAUCGUCAAGAUAUAUUAUGACGAGUCGAACGGAGGGGACAGCCCAUCGUUGCCUGGAUUCAACUUCUUUUCGCAGGCGAGGCAAUUUGGCGACACCCUUCCCAUCUUUAUAUCCUCACUACACAUCUGUCUUCAUUCAUCGCCAGGAAGUCUGGCUCUGCACAACCGUAUGCUACAGUUCCUUCUGAAAGCUCUACCGCAAAGUACGAGGACAAGAGCUCGCCUUCAUUACGGCAGCGAUUUAGAAAGACAAUAUAAACUUCGAGGCUACGGUAUUCCACUUGACACCUUUCCUGUUGACACCUCUGGCAACAUCCGUGCGGUGGGACAGAAUACUUGGUGCAAGGGAUACUUGGGAAACGGAACUUUGACACUCGGGCAACAAGGGGGCCACGAGAGCGCUGCCAUGGCACCAAUCUCAGGUGGAAUUUCGGAAGCUGAUAUCCUGUUUGGAAGAGGACGAUUGGUUCAGUACCAUCACGGAAAUAUCCGAUUCAGAGAGCUUCUGGGCGAACACAUUGAAGAAUAUGAAAAUCUCCCUCGGAACCAAAGGCGGAAAGCUAGUGUUGUCUAUACCCGCGAGCUUGUUGCAAGCGGGGCUCGGUUUUUGAAGGAAAACGGGAAUGAUGGAUGGAUUGUGUGUGACUUUGAAGAAGCCGUGGGCAAAGUCCUUCAGUUCUAUCGCACCAGUCGUCGAAAUAGGAAAUGA